GAUCAAAACAUGUUGUGAUGGUGACAGAAGUUACAAACCCAAAUAGUUUUUAUUGCCAGCUUCAGAAUGCAGUAGAACAGUUGGAGACAUUGACUGUUGACCUUGAAAUGUAUUAUGGGAAUCUUGGUCCAAAGGAUGAAGUUUUGACACAACCUAGAGAGGAUAUUCCAUGUGUAGCUCAGUUUAGUGAAGAUGGUGCUUGGUAUCGAGCUUUGAUCACUAACAUUUCAACAUCAGGGGAGUAUGAGGUCUUAUUUGUGGAUUAUGGCAAUUCUGAAUGUUGUCAUCAAGAUGUUGUAAAAUGUAUUAAGCCUCAGUUUUUAAAUCUUCCCAAACAAGCAGUUUGGUGUACACUUGCUGGUGUGCCUCAUCUGGUAUGGUCAACUGAAAACAGAGAAAAAUUUGAAACUAUGGUAUUAGAAAAAACUCUCUCAGCUGUGUUUAAAGGUACUGGACCAGGAAAAAGUCAGUAUCAAGUGGAGUUGAUAGAUGGAAGCAACAACAGGAUAAACACCAUUUAUCAAUCUACUGUCAAGGGUAAAACCUCAUUUUCAUCUAUUCCUUCAAAAGUACCACCCAAACCUUCUGUAGGUUUUGAAGAAGAUGCUUGUGAAGAAAAUCCCUCUAAUGGACUUCAACCAGUUGCCAACAGCUUCUCAAGACCUACCAGAGAUCUGAGUAGGUGGGAUAAUAAUCCACAAAGAAAUAUGUAUAAUGAAGCAUUUGUUAAUAAGGGGAAACAAUUUGGGAAAGCGACUUCGCCUGGAAGUUCUUCAAAUGAAAAUGAAUCACUAUCCAGAAAAGACUUUGGUAGAAAGCAGUCCGGUAUUCAGCACUUGUCACAUACUCCUGACAAAAGUCAGUGGAGAGAUCACCCCUCAAAAUUUGGUAAAGCUGAUUGUAAUCGUUCUCGAAUAUCUAGUGGAGAUUCCAGAUCUUCAGAUGAGUCUAGUGGUAGCUUGAAGAGAAAUAUGAAACAUCCAAGAGGAUCUUUCACAGAUGAAGCCCGAUCUACAAAACGCUCUAUGUCAAACCAAAUUCAAGAUUUAAUUUCAAGGUCAAAAAAUCAAAACACUUCUUUACAAAGGGAAAAUGUUGAAGUUAAAAUUUCCACCAAUUUUAAAGAACAAGUAAUACCAGACAAAGCUUUUAGGGAUGUGACUGUUGUCUAUGCAAUUAGUCCAAGUGAAUUUUACUGUCAGUUGACUGAACAUGCUUCUGAACUCAUAGAAUUAAUGAAGAAGUUGGAAGAAACGUACAGUGAAUUGAAUGACAGCAGUUUGUCAUUGAUUAAUCCACAUGUUGGAAGUCCAUGUGCAGCUUUUUAUUCAGCAGGUGGUGCUUGGUAUCGAGGGAAAGUUGUUGCCAUUCUAGACACUUUUGUUGAGGUACAGUUUGUCGAUUAUGGAAAUUCUGAGAAAGUUCCUACCAAUAAAGUUAAGAGUUUAAAAUCUGAAUUUUUCUAUUUGCCAAUACAAGCAAUUAAGUGCAGCUUGUACAACACUCUUCCUCGGGAAUCAUCAUGGACCAUUGAUGAUAUCAAUAAGUUUUCUGAAAUGACAAGUGAAAAAUCUUUAGUGGGACAGUUUGUUCGCAAACAGGUCAGUGGUAGUUUCUUAAUUAAUUUGAUUGAUAUGGAUAAAUUAGAGAAUGAUAUUUUAAACAAGGAUUUUGUUGAGUCUGGACAUGGAAAAACACUUGGAGUGAAAACACCAAUUAUAAGAUCUCUGUCUUCUGCUAUUGCAGAUGUGGAAAUUGCAGAUCCUUCAAUAAGGUUAGGUGAAAAGGAACUUGUUCAGGUGACAUGGGUUAUGAAUCCUGGAGAGUUCUACUCCCAACUUCAGUCAAGUAGUCAACAAUUUAACUAUUUAAUGUGUGAAAUUCAGGCUUUUUAUGGGGCUUCAACUUCAGCGGCUACAUCUAUUGAUCAGCCAAAGGUAAACCAAGUGUGUGCUGCAAGAUUUACAGAAGAUGAUGCUUGGUAUCGUGCAAGAAUCCUUUAUCUGAAAGAUGGUAUGAUUGGUGUUCUUUAUGUUGAUUAUGGAAAUGGCCAAGAAAUACCACGAGAUAGGAUCAAGUACUUGAUUCCAGAUUUUGCAGCUUUACUUCCUUCCCAAGCUGUGAAGUGUUACUUAAAAGGUAUCAAACCACCUAAUGAUAAUUGGCCUUCUGUUGAUAAAAGCACGUAUGAUAGUUUCUUUGAAGGAAAAACAGAAUGCACAUUUAUUAAAAAGAUAGAUAGUGGAUUUUUAGUGGACAUGGAACAGAAUGGAAAAAACCUAGCUGAGGAGUUUAUUUUAAAAAAUUUAGCAGAAAGAGAAACUGCAUUAAUUCCAGAACAGUCAGAAUUUAAAACAUGUGCCUAUCUACAAUCACCAAGGUUUGAAAACAAAACAAUUAAAUUAAAUCAAUCUGUAGAAGUUGUUGUAUCUUUUGUGGAAAGUCCACAGUCUUUUUGGUGUCAGUUAAAACAAGCCAUUCCUCAGCUUGAUUCCUUGAUGGAACAGAUAGAUUCCUACUACUCAUCACUCUCGGAUGAUGAAGAUGUUCUCUCUGCUUCAGAGAAGUUUUGUGUGGCAAAGUUUAGUGAAGAUGAAAGUUGGUACAGAGCUUUUAUUCAGGAACAUGUAUCACCAGAAACUGUAAGAGUCUACUAUCUUGAUUAUGGAAACUCAGAAGAGGUGGAAUUUUCUAAGUGUAAAAGCCUGCAUGAAAAAUUCAAAGGUCUCUCAGCUCAAGCCAUUAAGUGUCGACUCUAUGGCAUGCCAUCUCAAAGUACUGAACAACAAAGCAAAGAUUUUGUGGACAUAAUUGAUGAGAAAGAAGUGGUGAUUAAAGUGCGUAAGAAGAAACCUAGCAUACUGGCAGUGAAUGUUUUGGAUAAUUCCUCAGGCACAGAAGUGGACAUUGGGGAGACUGUUUAUGGGACCAUGGAAGAUGAAUGUCCUUUGAAAAUCAAUGGACAGCCAGAUAUUCCAGAAGGAGAACAGGAAGGAUAUUUAAUCAUAGAUAGUUUAUAUAAUCUUGAUUUUGAAUUCUUCCAUGUGCAACUUAGUAGUGCAAAAAACCAGAUCAACGAUAUGAGUUCUAGAAUCAAAACAAGUGAACUUUUAUUGUCACACGAAGUAGAAAUUGGUGAAAACUACUGUGUGCGAGAAAAUGACAUUUGGUAUAGAGUCAAAGUGUAUCAUAAUAAUGGUACUGUUAUCUCAGCAAAAAUGAUAGACUGUGGGAAAUAUUCAUCCUUUGAUGCUGAUAUAUUUUAUGAACUACCAGAAGAUCUGGAAGCUUUUCCUCCUUUAGCCAUUCCCUGCAAACUUUAUGGGCUAGAGUGGAAGCGUUCAAACAAAGAGUUAGUAGAAAAAUGCUUGGCUGGCAGUGAUUUGCUAAAUGAGAAGAAAUUCACCAUCAAAUUCAUUAAUAACUGGGAACAAGGAGCAUUUGUUUCUAUAAUGGAUGGAGAAGUGGAUAUUAGUCAAUCACUUGUCACUAAAGGUUUGGCAAUGGCUAUGUUUAAAGAAGAUGAAGCUAUGAUUACAGCUGGUUAUACUCUAACAACCUUGAAUAAUGACCCUUUGCUUGUCACUUUAAGUCAUUUUGAGUCUAUAAACAUGUUUUAUGUGACACUUGUAAAGGAGCUUAAAAAUCUUGAUAUCUUAUCGGCAAAACUUCAAGAUACGUUUGAAGCUAUGGACGAGGAAGAAGGUCAGGUGACAGAACCAUGUUGGGGCAAAGCAUGUGUAUGCAAGUUUAAUGAAGAUGGUGUGUGGUACAGAGGAGUAAUUACAUCAGUUGAUAAAGAAGUUGUCACUGUCUAUUUCGUAGAUUUUGGAAAUGAGGAAGAAACUACUAUAGACCAACUAAAGGAGUACCCAAAAGAUAUUUUGAAUUCUAACAACUUUGAGUCAGAUUGCUUUAAUUUUCCAGCCUUUGCUGUAUGUUGUUCCUUGUGUGACACAACUUCAGUUGAGGGAAAAGAACAAAAAAUUGAGGAAUUUUUAAAAGAAUUAGUUGGAAAGUAUUUGACUUUAGAGAUUUGUGAAAGAGGUUCACCCUACAUUGUUUUGCUAUCAAUGAAUGGAAUGGAAGUUAGUGAAACUAUGUGUAAGAAAGAACUUGUGAACUUAAACAAGCCAACAGUUAACUAUACAGAAGGAAGUCGAUCACUGUCUGAGUACAGAUAUUCUGUGGUCAGUCAUUUUGAGUCCUUGAGUUGCAUAUUUCUUGUACCAAACUCAUAUGAAUAUGAAGCUUUCCAGAAAAAGUUACAGACUGUAUACAACCAGAUUAAACUGGGAGAAUUUGAACUGGAUAAUGUGGCUAAAGGUGUACCAUGUGUUGUAAAAUCAGCUAUAGAUAACUGUUGGUACCGUGGCAUCAUUACAGAUGUAAAGAUGGAGACUGUAACUAGUUCUAAAGAAUUAAAAAAACUGAAGGUUUCUUUUUCCUGGCAGCUUCCUUUUUCUUUGAAAUGUUCUUUGUCACAUGCUUUGGCUUGUGCUGAAUUUAAUCUAAAGCUGUUUAGUGAAAGUGAUAAUGUAGAGGCAGUCAGAAAAGAAGUAAUUGGAAAGAUGGUAGAAGUUGAGUUUAUGAGCAGUGAACCAAUCCCAGCAGUGAAACUCCUUGUUGCAAGAGAUAUGUCUGAAACAAAUCAAGAUUAUAAUCAAAUAACUGACCUGAUUGAAGAGGUAUUAAAAUCAAAGUUUCUGCUCUCUUUGAAAGAGAUGGAACAAGAAAAGGAACAGAGGUAUUCACCACUAACUACCCCACAUCUACAGAAGUACCAACCUUUAGAUAUACCCUUGCAUACCAAGUUAGAAGUGAAGGUUAGUUAUGUAAAUACUCCUAGUGAGUUCUGGGUGCAGCUAGUUUACCAACAAGAACAACUUCACAACAUAAUGGAUGAAAUAGCAGACAUAUAUUCAAAUAUCUUUGAAGAUGAAUUUGUUAUUACAGAACCUCAACCUGGGACUCCUUGUGUUUCUAUUUUCUCAGAAGAUGGUGGAUGGUACCGAGGAUAUGUCAAGGAAGUAAUGGGUGGAUCUGUAAAAAUCCAUUUUGUGGAUUAUGGAAAUAGUGAAGAAGUUCCUCUUACUUUUGUGAGGGAGAUCUCUUCAGAUCUGUUGAAAACCCCCCAGCUAGCAGUCAAAUGUUCUCUCCAUGAUGUUAAGCCUAACAGUGACUCAGAAUGGAAUAUUGACCAGUGUGAAGUUUUCCAGGAAAUAGUAAAUGAAGAAAAGGUUUUUUUAGCAGAAUUUUGCAGCAGUAUUGAUAAUACAUACCAAGUUAAACUGUUGGACAUGGGAAUUGAUGUAGGAAAGACCUUCUUGUCAAAAUGCAUUGCUUCUAGCUCAUCAGUACAAGAAGAAAAGUCGGAUAUUGUUAAGCUGACACAUAUUUUGCUUCAAGAACCUGUACAUGAAGCAGAAUGUAUAAGUCCUAAUAAAGUUAAGUCAAAUGAAAUCCUUAGUUUCAAUCAAAUGGAGAAUGGAACCACCAGUUUGUUUUCUAAAGAAAAUGAUUCCUUCAUUCUUAAAGAGAUGGAAAAUGAAUCAUUCAGUGUUGUAAGUAACAGAAAUGUGUCAUUCAGCAUUACAGAUAAUGAAGAAGAAUCAUUUAGUGUUACAAAUAAUACUGAUUCAUCAAACUUUAUGGGUAUUGGAAAUGAGCAGUUCAGCAUUAUACAAAAAGAAGAUUCAUUUUAUGAUGUAAACCAAGAAUUUGAAUCAUGUAAUAUUAUGGACAAGGACGAAGAUUCAUCCAGUGUUAUAAAUGAAGAAAAACCAAACAGUGACAUGAACAAGCAAUAUAGAUCAGACAGUGACAUGUAUCAGUAUGAUCCAACUAAUGUUAUAAUGAAAAAUGAAAUUUGUAACAUUGUUAAGGAAGAUACUGGUGAGCCAUCUGAUUUUGGUAAUGAAUCAGAAAAUUCUGUCAGUAUCUGCACACCAGAGGAAGAUAUUUUAGAAAAAAAUAUAAACCCAGAAGACUUUGCAUCAUUGGGUGAACCAAAUCCUCUUUCCCAGCAAGGGGGUAAUCAACAGGACCAGUUUGUCCCAGCAGUAAUCUCCAUGAAGAAGUUAGAUGAAGAAACUACAGCAAGGACUGCUUAUGAGAUUGAACCUAAUCUAGUUUCUGUUCAGUCUAAAGAAAUUCUGGAAGAUUGUACAUUGUUAGGAGAAAGUUUUAAAAAUGAGUUUGUUCUUUCCAAUAAAGACAUGACUGAGGUAAAUCAAAGGUUUUUAUCUAAUGUGGAUAGAAACUUGAGUGAUCAUGACAAGAUAACAGAGUCAUCAGAUGAUUAUUUGGAAUACAAAAGUAAUAUAGAAGCAAAGAGUGGGGAGGAGUUAGAAUAUUGUACACAUGAAGAGAAGUUAAGCCCAUGGGAAGGGGAAAAUGUACCAGCAUCUACAAAAUUAGAUGAAACAAUGCCACAUGAACAAGUAUCAUUUUGUAACAGAAUUAGUAAAGAAGAUAAAGAUGUGGAAAAUGAGUGUGAACAAGAAUUAUCAACAAAUAGAGGACAACAGUCAGAACAGUUAAUAAUAGCUUGUACUGAAAAAGCAUUAACUUCUAACGACCAAGAAGAACAGCCCUUACUAAAAAAGGAAUCAGCUAAAGAAAUUGUUUGUAGUGAACACACAACACUAGAUGGAGAGGAAUCAGAUAAAGAAAUUGUUUACAGUGAACACACAACACUAGAAGGAGAGGAAUCAGAUAAAGAAAUUGUUUACAGUGAACACACAACACUAGAAGGAGAGGAAUCAGAUAAAAAAAUUGUUUACAGUGAACACACAACACUAGAAGGAAAGGAAAUAGAUAAAGAAAAUGUUUACAGUGAACAUACGACACUAGAAGGAAAGGAAUCAGAUAAAGAAAUUAUUUGCAGUGAACAUACGACACUAGAAGGAAAGGAAUCAGAUAAAGAAAUUAUUUGCAGUGAACACACAACACUAGAAGAAAAGGAAUUGGAUAAAGAAAUUGUUUGCAGUGAACACAUAACACUAGAAGAAAAGGAAUUGGAUAAAGAAAUUGUUUGCAGUGAACACAUAACACUAGAAGGAGAGGUAUCAGAUAAAGAAAUUGUUUGCAGUGAACACACAACACUAGAAGAAGAGAAAUCAGAUAAAGAAAUUUACAGUGAACACACAACACUAGAAGGAGAGGAAUCAGAUAAAGAAAUUGUUUACAAUGAACACACAACACCAGAAGGAAAGGUAUCAGAUAAAGAAAUUGUUUGCAGUGAACACAUAACACUAGAAGGAAAAGACCUGGAUAACCUAAAAGACAUUGCUAGAGGUGAUAAUCCAGAAGAUGAUGAUGAUGAUUUAGGUACAACCACUAAUAAGCCUUCAGAAAUCUCCACACCCGAUUCACAUGGCAAAACCUCAUUUUCAACAGGCGCAGAAGAAUAAUGUUAAAAUCUUCAAAAAGGAGUGAUUCACAAACUGAAGUUCCUGAAACUCUUCAUGUAUUCCAAAUUGUCUGAUUAUGCAAAACUAUUGUAUUAUGAACAGAGAGCAAUGAGUACAUUGUGUACAAUCCUUAAGAAACAAAGGUUAAAGACAAGCCUCUUGUUUUACAGCUUUAUAGUUUUGUGAGUUCAUUAUAUUUGAUAUUUGUGAGAGUACUAUUAUAUGUUGGAUUAUAAUUAAAGUGCACAUAAGAAAACCUUUUUAAUGUUCUUUUGGACUAACUUAGGAUGUUUUUCAGAGUUUUAAGGUUCACUAAGUUUUAAUUACACUAUUAUAUAAGCUUUGCAUCAGUUUUUCAGUUGGAUAUAAUAAGAGCUGACUUUUAGCUUUUUUAUUGUUUGAACUAAGUGUUAGUAAAAUAAUAUUUUAAAGUUUUUAUUGUAACUAUCAAGUAAAUGCAAUGUUUGGUAGCAGUUAUAAAUUUUUUGAACCUUUAAUAAUGCAUAUAAAAUGAAAAAAUUGUCAAAUGUCUAGACACUUAGAAUAAUAAUUGAAUUUAAUUUUAAAGCAGUUAAUUAUAAGUGUUUACAUUUGGUACUUACACACACACACACACUAUUUGAGUUCUGGUAGUUUUAAAACUAAUUUAAAAACUCUUAGUUUCAUAUUUUUUAUGUACAUACAAAUAAUCCCACCCAAAAACUGAACAUAUAGCAGUGACAAAUGCAUGAAUAUCAAAAAUAUUGUGUAUGGAAACCUGUAAGAAAA